AUGGGGAGUAGGCUUACCAAUCCCUAUGUGUUUCGUCCUAAGGGACUUCAACUUGGGCAUCUGGAUCCGGUGGUCUAUCACAAUAAUAUAACCAAUAUUGUACUAACAGGCUUUCCGUUUCUAAAACACAUCAAAAUUCAAUUUUUCUUGGUUCUGUUUCUCAUAUAUUGUGUUACUAUGUCUGGAAAUCUUGUUAUUGUGGUUUUAUAUCAUCUGAGUAAAACACUUCAGUCUCCCAUGUACCUCUUCAUCACCCAACUAUCAUUGCUUGAUAUAAUUCUGUCUACAGAUAUUAUUCCCAACCUUCUUUAUAUCAUCUUACAUGAUGGAUGUACCAUGUCUCUUGCUGGAUGUAUCAUCCAGUUCUCAUUUUUUGCCCAGCCUGAGGCCUCAGAGUGUUUUCUACUGACUGUGAUGUCCUAUGACCGGUAUUUGGCCAUCUGUAAGCCUCUGCAUUACAACUCUAUAAUGAACCAAUCAAUUUGCAUUAAAUCAGUGAUUAUCAUUUGGGUACUGGGCUUUACAAUGACAUUGGUUGAUUUCAUAUCUUUGUGCAGUUUAUACUACUGUGGACCAAACAUCAUUCAUCACUUCUUCUGUGACUUUGAACCAAUACUUGAGCUUUCCUGCUCCGAUACUUCAUGGCUCUAUAAUCAGGCCUAUGUAUUAGGUUUCAUCUAUGUUGUAGCACCUUUUAUAUUAAUUGUUAUAUCGUAUAUCUAUAUUGUUUCAACCAUCCUUAAAAUUAAAUCAAUUACAGGAAGAAAGAAAGCCUUCACCACCUGCAGCUCUCACUUGACCGUAGUGUGCAUUUUUUAUGGGGCGCUAAUCGCAGUGUAUUUGAUUCCAACAAAAGGACAAAAGGAUAUUCUGAACAAGAUCCUCUCCCUCUUUUAUACUGUAAUGACUCCAUUGCUGAAUCCAAUCAUAUACACAUUCAGGAACAAGGACUUUAAAACAGCUAUUGAAAAAAUUAAAUUUUAUGAUAUCCCUGAGGAAAACCAGAAAAUCCAAUCCAUAAUAGAUAAAUCCAUCCAAUCUGCUAUGCAGACGGCCAUGCAUGAUUCCAUUGCACAAUCGGUAGUCAUGGCCCUGUCUCAAAGUAAACCUCAGGUUACCCCUGAACCUUUACCUAUUACCCCAUCUGACAUUUAUUGGUCAGCGGAGGACUCUACAUCCCACAUGAUUUAG